UCGAGUCUCCACCGCCCUCGCCUGUGCUCGUGCUCUUCCACGUGGUGUUACCUCGACUUGCCGAAUCUCACCGCGUUUGUCAUGCAUCUUCCAAAAAUUGCGCCGCCGCGGAGUUUACGUAUAAUCUUUCUUAUCUAUGGCUUCCUCGCCAUGGCGUCCCCAGCCAAUGUCGGCUCCUGCUCAGAUUCCUGCGUGCGCUCUGAACGUCUGCAAGUCUGCCUCUCAACUUCGUCAUCCUUACCCGUUUGUCGACAAGGAUUCAAGUGCACCAGCAGAGGCUCUUAUGGUUCUCAAUUCCGUGUUUUUAGAACACUCCACUGGGUGACGCGAGCGCCUUCGCGUUGACGUGCCUUUUGCCACCGCCUGAGGGGAUCACCUGAAGCAACUAAGGCCACUUUUCGCGACGGGAGACUAAGAUGGAGACCCCAGAGGCGAAGAGCGAGAGAGGAGACGCAAAGCUCGGUUUGUUAAAGGGCAUGCGGAGUAACGAUAAGAACCAAGCCGAUAACGACUCGGCGCAGGGAAACGACACGGAUGACGGCGAGGUGAAGCGGCUGACAAAGCAGUCUGAAGACCUGAAGCACGAAAUGAAGGGCAAGGAGGAAGUAGAAUCACCGCCUCAAGCCUCCCUCGCCAGCUCCGCCGGAGAAAUCAAAUCCUUCAGCCUUGUUGAGCUUUGCAUGUACCUACUGGUUAACUUCGCCCCCCCACAAUCGCACUUUGUGGUUCAGCUUCUGGUGCAGCUCAUCCCUCUGCUUCUCCCCAUCUUAAACCACCUCCUCCACCUGCUGGUACAGUCCCCUGAGUCUGUGGCGAAUGCGUUCAAGGGAGUCUUGGAGGAGAUGGGAAGGUGGGAGGAGGAGUCACGCAAGGCGUUUGAAGGCAGUGUUCAGGCUAUGCAGAGGUGGUGGGAGGGAGCGGAUAAGGCGCUGAAGGAGUGGGGGGAGGGUGCAGGCAGGGCUGUAAAGGAGUGGGGGGAGGGGUCUGGGCAGGCAGUAAAGGAAUGGGGAGAGGGAGCAGGCAAGGCAGCAAAGGAGUGGGAGGAGGGAACUGGUAAGACAGUGGAAGAGUGGGGUGAGGGACCAUCUAAAGCGGUGAAGGGGCAUCUGGAAGAGAUGAGUAAGUGGGGAGAGGGAAAUGCUGAGGCAGUGAAAGGGAUGGGGGCAGAAAUUAAUAGAUGGGUUGAAGGCAAAGCAGAAGAGGCAAAAAAGAGUAUGCAAGGAGUGGAGGAGUGGGGAGGGAGAGUGGCGGAGGGGAUGGGUGAAGGAAUGGAUCAGUUUGGGAAAGAUGCUGGUAAGGCGGUUGAAGGGAGUGUUGAAGAGAUGAAAGGGUGGGGAGAAGGGAUCGGCAAUGCUGUAAAGGGGGGUUAGGAUCAGGGCUUCAGAUUGGAUUUUGAUGGGCUGUUGGCUCAGGGUGCCCCCAGAAGGAGCCCCCGUUUUUCAGGGUCGGGUUUUGGAAGUUGCAAUUUUUUUCAGGGUUAAAUUUUUCGAAGGCUGAAAAAUCAGGACUGAAAAUUUUCAGAGCUGAGAUGAUAGGUUGAACCUUGACGAUUUUUUAGGGUGGGUAGGAUUUUAACCUAGCACAUUAUGUUAGACAUGGCAUGUUUUGUCAAACAAAAAUAAAAUAAGCCUGACUCUGUCAAACAUAACUUAUGUUGUUACUGUAGACUAUAUAUGUUUGUGCCUUAGUGGGUACAGCUCACUAGUCUAUAUUGCCUUGUAUCUCCCCA